UUGUCUACUACAAAAAUUUCAUUCUGAUAUUCAAUCCCCUCUGACUAUAUCAGCAAAAGAAAACCUAAAACCUUAACGAGAACCCAUGGCCAUAAUCUCUGAGAUGCAGGAGGAGAAGAGACCCUCGUUGCCGUUCACAGCAAGUCUUGAUCCUUCAAACCCCCUAGGGUUCUUGGAGAAAGUUCUUGACUUUAUUGGGAAAGAGAGCGACUUUUUGUCGAAAGACUCGGCUGAGAAAGAGAUUGCAACUGCUGUUAAGGCCGCGAAGAAGAGAUUGAGUGAAGUCGAGAAGAAGAAGAAGGAGAAGGAAACCGUGAAGCCCAUGGAGGUGGAGAAGCCAAAGAAGGAAAGCUUGAAGACCACGGAACCCAUGGAGGUGGAUAAGCCUAAGGAGGAAGAGAAACCAAGUCCCAUUGUUCCUAACAAAGGCAAUGGGCUUGAUUUUGAGAAGUACUCAUGGACACAGAAUCUCCAGGAGGUCACCGUCACCAUCCCAGUGCCUAGCGGCACCAAAUCACGCUCUGUCACCUGUGAAAUCAAGAAGAACCGUCUGAGAGUUGGUCUCAAAGGACAAGAUCCAUUCAUCGAUGGUGAGUUCUUCAAUGCUGUCAAGCCUGACGACUGCUUCUGGAACAUCGAGGAUCAAGAGGUGAUAUCGGUGCUCUUGACAAAGCAGGACCAGAUGCAGUGGUGGAAGUACUGUGUGAAGGGUGAGCCUGAGAUUGACACUCAGAAGGUUGAACCAGAGAGCAGCAAACUGUCUGAUCUGGACCCGGAGACUCGCAGUAGCGUUGAGAAGAUGAUGUUUGAUCAGAGGCAGAAGCAGAUGGGACUUCCAACGAGUGAUGAGAUAGAGAAGCAAGAUAUGAUGAAGAAGUUUAUGUCUCAGCAUCCUGAGAUGAACUUCUCUAAUGCAAAGUUUAACUGAUCUUUCUUGUUCUCUCUUCUUGUUUAAGCCAAAUUUGUAUUUGAACUAUCAUCUUGUUAUGGCUUUCAGAUUGAAUCUACCCUUUUGGUUUUGUUCAAGACAGCUGUGAUUCGUUAAAAAAAAUUAUCUUGUUAUUUAUUAA